AUGUCCAAUUCUGAGCCCGACGACAAGCCCAGCUUUCCUCCAGAACAAUACACUAUCGGCUGGAUUUCGGCACUUUCAGAGGAACUCGGCGCUGCCCGUGCCAUGCUCGACCAAGAACACGAGCGCCUCUCUCAUCAACACCGCAAUGACGAAGACAGCUACAUCCUGGGCAAUGUUAAGCAGCACAAUAUUGUUAUGCCGGUCUUGCCCGAGUAUGGCAUCAGCUCUGCCACCAGCGCUGUCAAGUCAAUGAUAUCCACGUUUCCUAAGCUAAGAUUCAUUCUCAUGGCGGGAAUUGGAGGCGGCGUACCAAGCAAGAAGAACGAUGUUCGGCUUGGCGAUGUUGUUGUCUCCGAACCAGACGGUCAAGGAGGUGGUGUCAUCCAGUACGACAUGGGAAGAAUGGAAAUCGAUACCUUUGUUCGCCUGGGUGUUAUGAACAAGCCUCCAAAGCUCCUCUUAUCCACGUUGCGCACGCUGAGGUCAGAUCCUAAACAGGGCAAGAAUCUCUCAAAAAUCCUCAAGAAGGCCCUGGAAAAGUGCGAUGACCUAGAAGAUUGUGCUUAUCCCGGCCCCGAAAAGGACAUACUCUUCAGGCCCGGUUAUCGUCACCUCGGAGGCGACGACUGCGACGCGUGCAACGAGGACCAGAACGUCAAGAACAUCGUCGAGCGCAAGUCUCGGAAGGCUAAUGACCCCAAGAUUCACUACGGUAAUAUUGGGUCAGGUAACAUGGUCAUGAAAGACGCGUUGGUGCGUGACAGCAUCGCAGAGAAGGAAAAUGUGUUAUGCUUUGAGAUGGAGGCGGCGGGCCUUAUGAACGAGUGGCCUUGUCUGGUCAUCCGAGGAAUCAGUGACUAUGCUGAUUCACACAAGAAUGGGGCUUGGAAGCAGUACGCAGCCAUGACUGCUGCUGCGUACGCGAAAAUGCUGUUGUUGGAGGUCCCGCUUGAGAAGGUUGAGGAGCUGGAGCAAGUGAGGGAGGUUAUUCAAGUUCUUAACUCCAACGAAGAUAUCAGAGUGGGUGUCAACGCCCUGGUCGAUGCGAAACACGACGGUGAUGCUACCGAGAUUCUGGAGUGGCUCACUCCGGUUGACUACGCCCCUCAGCACAACGACUUGUUCAGAAAACGGCUCCCCGGAACGGGCAAAUGGUUCCUAGGCUUGGAAGAGUUUUAUACCUGGGCGACGUCGAAACGGCAGACUUUGUUUUGUCAUGGGAUUCCCGGUGCGGGCAAGACGCUCCUCACAUCAAUUGUCAUCGACCACCUAUGCCAACAAUUUGGCAGCGACCCGGGUGUGGGGAUUGCUUACAUUUACUUCAAUUACCGAAUGCAAAACACCCAACCGCCCGAAGAGCUUCUUUUGAGCUUAUUGAAGCAGCUGGCCCAAACACGUUCCCCUCUUCCCGAACCGGUCAUAGAGCUCUUUCGAAAACACAGAGCCUUUCAUACAAGGCCAACACUCGAGGCCACUAUUCACACUACCUGCGAUGCAUGUUCGAAAUACUCGGAGACCUUCAUUGUCGUUGACGCACUGGACGAGUGUCACCCUUCCAACUUAUCCUGGUUCCUCGACGCGCUGCUUAAGCUCCAGGAAGCUGGCGGAGUCAACAUCUUGGCCACUUCCCGGUUUAAGCCAGAAAAUGCACCCCUCUUUCGAGAAUGUCUCUUGCUGGAGAUCAAGGCAACUGACGAAGAUAUCCUCAAGUUCCUUCUUGCAAAGUUCAAAACUGACUCGCUGCUCUCUCAGUCAGCAAAGGGACACCUCUUGGACACUUUGAAAGCCCUAGGAAAGGGGGAGCCGGCGCUGGAUGAUGCAUACGACGAGAUCAUGGAUAGAAUCACAAGCCAACGCCAAGCACAGAAAGAAAUGGCCAUAGAGGCCUUGCAGUGGAUCGUCCACUCGAAAAGGCCACUGGCUACUUUGGAACUCCUGCAUGCUCUUGCCGUUGGAAAGGGCAACAAGUCUUUCAACCUGGACUACAUUCCUAAAUUACCCGAUCUAGUGCCACUAUUUGCUGGACUAGUCGAAGUCGAUGAAGAAAGCGACAUCAUCCGACUGGCCCAUCAGACCGCCCAGGAGUACUUUCAGCGAAAGAAGCGUUAUUUCCCGGGGGCGUCAUCCGUCAUCGCGAAAGCAUGUGCCCAAUAUCUCUCAUCUGGUGUCGAUCUUCAAGAGCCAUUUCACAGGCCACUCGACAUAAUAGAGCUCCUAAAAUCAAACUCCUUCUACGGCUAUGCGGCACAGAAUUGGGGACACCACGCGCGUGAAAGCUUCGAAGAGAAGGGAACCACGGAGAAAGCUCUACACAAGCGAAUCAUGUGCUUCCUCAACUCAGGGGUCAAAGUCAAAUCAUCGUUCCAGUUCCUGCGGUGGACCAAGGUUGGAAGUGUAGAAGGUUGCCUUGGGGUUACGGGGCUCCAUUUAGCGACAUCUUUUGGACUGGUCGACCAACUGCGCGCUCUCUUACACUAUGGCUACAAUGCGGACCAGAUCGAUGAUACCGGAAUGACGCCAUUGCUCUAUGCAAUUGAAGAAGGACAAACCACCGUGGUAAAGCUCUUUCUGGAAACUGCCAGAGUUGACGUCAACCAGAGAUAUCUUUUCAUGCAGGAUCUCCUUGGCUUCAUAGACAUAAAAUCUCCGAGACUCCAAGAAAUCGCCCAAGCUUGUUGUUCUAUGAAUGACCUAAGCUUUCGAACGUUACUCGCACAUGCAAUAGACUCAGGGUCUCUAGACACUGUGAAGAUUCUCCUUGAUAGUCACGUCGAGACUGGGUAUGUUUAUUGCCUCCCGAUCUAUUUCACGGCGUUUGAUCCAAGGCUUUCAAGAAACCUAGCCUUCAGGUCGGACCUAAUGCGCCAACUAGGGAAAUCCAUUCGUGGAUUCUAUGAUGGGCCGACAUACGCCUCUACAGAUAUUGAACAUGCUACGAGAGCCAUCCGCGACCUCCGCUCGGGAUCUCCGACUUGGUGGAGUUUGAAAGGCAACAGAGAUAUUCAAGAUGCUUUGGUAGAGUUCUACGACCUUGGGAAUGACUUGGAGAACAAAAUGUAUCACAAGCCCGCCGGCAUCAGGACACCUCUCUCACGAGCUGCUGAGCUUGGGAAUCGAGACAUCGUCAAGCUCCUGCUCAAUCAUGGCGCCCGAGUGGAAUUGAAGGAGACAGGAGGAAAAGAUGCGAUGACGCGAGCGAAAGAGAAAGGACAUUGGGAUAUUCUUAGGCUACUGGUUGAGAGCCGGAACCGUUGA